CGGAGGGCUGCCCGCAGGGGAAGGGAGAGCGGCGGCGGCGACACGCGUUCGGCCGGGUGAGAGGUCGUCGGAAUGGGCUCCAAAACGAAAGCAGCUCCCGACCCGCCUGGCAAACAGCAAGCGGGGAUGGCCGCCUCUGGCAAGAAGAGCCCCCAAGGCCCUUCGGACCUGGGCGAGGAGGCCCACAAGGCGGGCAAGGAAGAGGACGUUCACACGUGCUGCGGUUGCCGGUUCCCGCUGCUGCUGGCUCUGAUGCAGCUGGUCCUGGGCGUCUCCAUCACCGUCCUGGCCUUCCUGAUGGCCAACUCCAGCCCUUCGCUGCUGCUCCGGGAGACGCCGUAUUGGGCUGGAGCGCUUGUUUGUCUGGUGGCCAUCAUUGGGUUUGUGAUGCUGUGUAUUUCUUACCAGCCGGAUGAGAAGACGUGCAUUCAGUUCUUCAUCAAGGUUGUCUAUUUCCUCCUAAGUGCACUGAGCCUGAACGUCUGUGUGCUGGCCAUGGCGUUCGCCGCCUACUGCUACUCCCAGAUCGUCCGCUUCACCUGCGAGCCCAUCUCCGAGUCAGUUUGCCACUGCAAGCUGGACACGGCGGACCCCCUGAGCCGAACCAUCACCUACCAGAGUGACUGCGGCUUCAUCACCAACACCUUCUACCUCUUCUUGCUGAUCCAGUUCCUCCUCAACUUCCUGGCAGCCGCCGUGGGAUUCGCAGCCUGUUUUGUGAUGUGGAAGGAUCGCUACCAAGUCUUUUACGUGGGCACCCGGAUGCAGUCCCAAGCCACUGUGGGAAGACCCCAACCCAAGGUAUAGGGCAGGGGUCGGCAACCUUAAACACUCAAAAGAGCCACUGGAACCCAUUUCCCACCGAAAAGAAAACACCGGGAGUCACAAAAAUCUUCCAGUGCCUAUUUCCUGAGCGGCCACAAAACUAGCAUACGUAGUUGAAUUAUAUGUUCUGUUUUCUUCUGAAACUUUUCUUUUCUUGAAUUUACCCAUGAUUGGC